UGUGUGUGUCCAUCCAGGAGCACGACCAGAGAGAGCGGAGGCCAUGUGGAAGGGGCUGGUCCUGGCACUGUCUCUCUGCCUGCUCCCUGGGAGCGGCGGAGAGACAGGCAGCUCAGGGGGCACCCGCUGCAAGCCGGCGCCUCGCUGGACGAUCGGGGAGCUGGAGCCCAUGAAGGAGUCCAUGGGCAGGGUGACGGUGGUGGCGCUCUUUCAGGCCAGCUGAUCUUUCUGCCUUGUGCAGGCGUCCAAAUUGGACGGGCUGCGCCUGAAGCUGGAGGAGCAGGGCCUGAGGAACAUCUCCUACAUGGUGGUGAAUGACAAGGCAGAGCAUGCACGCAGACUGCACAACAAGCUGGCGGAGCAGCUACCGGAACACAUCCCCCUUUAUGGCCAAAGUCCGUACGACCGGCAAGACGUUUGGAAGCUCCUAAAUGGGGAAAAGGAUGACUUCUUGAUCUAUGACAGAUGUGGACUUCUUACACACCACGUAUCCCUUCCAUAUUCUAUACUGUCAACACCAUACAUUGAGCACGCAAUAAGACAGACAUACUGCAAUUCGACCUGUGGAAAAUGUUAUUUGGAGAGUGAAGCAACACUAGACGAAUGUGACCCUAGUUACAACCACAGUGUACCCAACAAUGAUCAUGGCGCAGACCAUGGCAGCCAUCAUGGUCACGGUCACAACCAUGGCAUAGACCACGGCAGCCAUCAUGGUCACAGUCACAACCAUGGCGCAGACCACGGCAGCCAUCAAGGCCAAGGUCACACUCACGGUGAGCGUGGUGUAGCCCAGCGGCAGGAGCAGGUGCACCAGCACGACACCGUGGGCCAGCGGCGGCAACAGCACGUGCACCAGCUCCUCCAGCAGCGGGUGCAGCAGCACCAGCACCAGCACCCCCACCUCCUCCAGCAGGGUCAGGCUCAGGCUCAGGUCCCCAUGGAUCUGGGCCUGGAACAGGGGUUGGGUCAGGCUCAGGUCAGGCAUGUUAGGGAGGUCAGGCAGGAGGAGGACCACAGACAGCCGUGAGCACAGAAGGUGCCCCGCUGAAAGUCCAAGCACAGCUGAGAGUGGUCCAACGCUCUGCAGGGCCCCUCCAGCUGAUGCUGACACUGACGGCAGCUGCUGGACGCCGGCAACGGCGAGGGCCGCUGACACUGAAAAGAGGCUCUCCCGGCCUCCUGACAGUGACAGCUCGGCCUGGGGGCAGUGGGCGACCACCAGGCGGUCAAGGAGAACUGACAGUGACGCCGGGCGCCCCCCGCUGCCUGACAGCAGCAGCCCAGGUGAGCCUGAACCGAGACGGGCCCCUCCACCACCACCUGAUUGUG